AUGUACCCUAGACUGUCUCUCCGAUCUCUAAGAAUUUGCGACAACAGGGCUACUGGAGAUUCUGUGCGUGUACCCGAAGCCAUAUUUCUCAACUACGUCAACAAUGGCACCCCCGUCCUUGGCUCUGGUAACAGGGGCUUUGAUCAAAGCCGGUUCAUUCAUUAUCUGCAAGGCUCUUGUGCUACUCGCUUCCUAUUCACCUUCGAUGGGGAAGAGGCUUUGAUGCAAGAAGUAAAGGUUAUGUUGGAAAACGAGAGGUCAUUCCUUCUGUCACCCGGCCGUUGGGUUGAAUUGGAAAAUGAGAGCAAUGAGACAAACCCUUCAGAGUCCCAUCUCGCCAAUGCGCCCCGGUGGGUUUUUGAUCGAUUCUAUCACGAAGACAGCGACGAUGGAGAGGUUUGGGUCCACCAAAUCGAACAAGAAAAUAAGCAUAAAGGACACAAAACAGAGUUAUGGAAAUUCACUAACCGUGACGGCGAAGUCGCUUGUGGCCAGUACCCGCUGGACUGGUGGGAGGACUGGGACCCUAAUAACGGAGAUUUAGCAGAGCCUACUCCGUAUUGUGACGAUCUUUUCUAUCUCGUGGCUAGGAGACAAUCAGUCUUUAUGGCUGGAUACAAAUCCUCGCGAUCACCACUCGGGGCUAUUGGGUAUGAUGAGGAUGAGGGUGAAUUUGUCUCAAAGCCCAUGUGUGAUACGGUUGCGGUUCUUAGGACAGGAUUGUGA